GCCAUGCUCUGGUUGGUUCAGGCCGUGCAGAGCUGCAGCCCGCCUUUGAGUGCGACUGAGCCGGUUCCGCUGCAGUGAGUUCAGGAGAGUCUGAGCGAGUCAGCGUCCUCUUUUUAAGACGAACGGUUCUUAGAAAGGUCCUGAGAGAAGAAGUUGAACGAAUAACGACAUCAAAUGUUAUUUCACUUUAUAUUAUUACUUCACGGCGAGAGUAAAAGUAAACCUUUAGGGUCCUUCACCCGGGGUGACUGCUGUAUUAACUGAUGAGGAGGUAAAAUGGUCCUUUUUAUUAAUUCAAGGCGCCAAGUGAAUGAAAGUAGAACAUUUCGGUCCUUCACCUAAGAUUACCUGAUUUUCUUCUUGGGUCGUCCACUUUUCCUAAUAGUCAUGACGUCACAAAGAAAGUCACCUGAUCAAAAAAGACCCCGUAGAAGCUUAUCUACCAGCAAAACUACAAAAAGCCAAUCUCAUUCGAUUACUUCGUAUUUUAACAGUGCACCACCUGCUAAACUUGCAUGUUCAAUCUGUAAUAAAAUGGUGCCCAGGUAUGACCUUGUCCGGCACCUUGAUGAGUCUUGUGCUAACAACGGUGAUGUUGUUCAAGUUGAGCCUGCUCAGACUGGACUAAUGAGUCCAACUGUGCCUACAUCAGAUUUACCCAGUAUUCCUUUAGAAGACGUGACACCUCCGAAAUUCUCACCACCAAAGAGAAGUUUAAUCCCUGUCCAAUGUGGUUCAAAACUGGGCAUACAACAGCAGACCAGUCCCUACUUUAAAGAUGCCUUAGUGUGCAAAAAUCAAAAUGAGCUUCCAAAUCAGAGUGUGGAAAUUAUGCCUUUGGGAAGUUUGUCAUCGAAAUUGUCCAGAAGAUACGUAAAAGCUAAAAAAUCACUGGCAAAGAAUGAGGGACUAGCCAGUCAUUGCCCACAGACUUCUCUGUCCACACCUGGCACCAGCCUGGUUGAUAACCAUCCAGAGAUAGAAGACAAAGAUAAGACUUUGAACAGUUCCCAAAAGGAAAACAUUUAUUCAUGUUCCCCUCUAAAGGAAGAGAAUGCUUUAGAACAGAAGGGAAAGAGCAGUAAAAUAGUGGAAGAUGAAAGCCAAGAAGUUUCCUGCGGGGAGCCAGCCCUCACCCCUGCAUCCUCAGAGCACAGCCCCAUUUUACUGUCCUCAGAUUUAACUCUCGUCAGUAACAUGAAAUCCUCUUUGGGAGACACUCUUAUAAAGCAAGACGGUACCAGAAGGAUAGAUGUAGGGCUUGUUGACCAGCUUGAGGCGUGCAGUCACGGAGAAGUACAAAUGACUGUUGAUGCUGAGGUCAAAACGCUGGUAUUGGGGGAGGCAGAAUCAAACAGCCCAGGUGAUGAUAAGUCUACGUGGAGUAACAACCCAGAGCUUCUUAGGGAAGCUGGCAGUGUCUUACAGAGACAAAGGGCUUGCAGCCCUCUGGAGCAGGGGUCCAGCUGUGGUGUUCCCAGUGUGACAGCUCAACCCCCACUGAGUCACCCAUACUACCUGAGGAGCUUCCUGGUGGUACUGCAGGCCCUCCUUGAGAAUGAAGAAGACAUGAAGCUCUUCGAUGACCAGGAGAAGGGGAUUAUAACUAAGUUUUACGAGUUGUCAGCUAGUGGUCAAAAGUUGUAUGUGAGGCUCUUUCAACGUAAAUUAACCUGGAUUAAAAUGAGUAAACUGGAGUAUGAAGAGAUUGCUUCCGACUUAACUCCUGUGGUUGAAGAAUUGAAGGACUCAGGCUUUCUACAGACAGAAUCUGAGCUGCAAGAACUCUCUGAUGUACUUGAACUCCUUUCUGCUCCUGAGCUGAAAGCCCUGGCUAAAACCUUCCACUUGGUGAGUCCCGGUGGGCAGAAGCAGCAGCUGGUAGAUGCCUUUCACAAACUGGCCAGACAGCGCUCAGUCUGCACUUGGGGCAACACUCAGCCUGGAAUCAGAGCAGUGAUUUUAAAAAGAGCUAAAGACUUGGCUGGCCGGUCCCUUCGUGUCUGUAAAGGCCCCAGGGCUGUGUUUUCCCGGAUCUUGCUUCUGUUCUCGUUGACUGAUUCCAUGGAAGACGAAGAAGCUGCUUGUGGGGGUCAAGGUCAGCUGUCUACUGUGCUAUUGGUCAAUCUGGGCCGAAUGGAGUUUCCUCAGUACACCAUCAGCCGGAAGACCCAGAUCUUCAGGGACAGAGAGGAUCUCAUCAGAUAUGCAGAAGCCGCACACAUGCUGAGUGACAUCUCAGCUGCCAUGGCCAGUGGGAACUGGGAAGACGCGAAGGAGCUUUCUCAGAGGGCAAAAAGGGACUGGGACCAACUGAAAAGCCACCCUUCCCUGAGAUCACACGAGGCCUUGCCACUCUUCCUGCGCUGCUUUACUGUCGGGUGGAUUUACACAAGGAUUUCCUCUCGGGCUGUUGAGGUCCUAGAGAGACUCCACCUGUAUGAGGAAGCUGUCCAGGAACUUGAAAACCUCUUGUCUCAGAAAGUCUAUUGUCCCAACAGCAGAGGCCGCUGGUGGGAUCGCUUGGCUCUUAACCUGCACCAGCACCUGAAGCGCCUGGAAGAGGCAAUUAGGUGCAUCAGGGAAGGCCUGGCAGAUCCGCACGUGAGGACAGGACACCGACUUUCUCUUUACCAGCGAGCUGUACGCCUGCGAGAGUCUCCAAGCUGCAAAAAGUACAAGCACCUCUUCAGCCAGCUGCCGGAAGUUGCCGUGGGAGACGUUAAGCAUGUGACCAUCACGGGCAGGCUGUGCCCACAGCAUGGCAUGGGCAAGUCUGUGUUUGUCAUUGAGGAUGGAGACACCACCAACCCCACCACAAUCCUGUGUUCUGUGGAGGAGCUGGCGCUGGAUUAUUACAGGCAGAGUGGCUUUGACCAAGGGAUUCAUGGAGAAGGAUCCACCUUCAGCACCCUGUGUGGCCUCCUGCUGUGGGAUAUCAUCUUCAUGGAUGGAAUACCAGACGUCUUCAGAAAUGCCUACCAGGCGUCCCCACUGGAUUUGCUCACGGACAGCUUCUUCUCAAGCAGGGAGCAGGCCCUGGAAGCCAGGCUGCAGCUGAUCCACAGUGCCCCUGCUGAGAGCCUGCGGGCCUGGGUAACGGAAGCCUGGCAGGCCCAGCAAGGCAGAGUGGCUUCUCUGGUUAGCUGGGACCGCUUCACUUCCCUGCAGCAAGCUCAGGAUCUUGUCUCCUGCCUCGGGGGUCCUGUCCUCAGUGGUGUGUGCAGGCGCCUGGCUGCUGACUUUCGGCACUGCCGAGGGGGCCUCCCUGACUUGGUGGUGUGGAAUUCUCAGAGCCACCAUUGCAAGCUGGUGGAAGUUAAAGGCCCCAGUGAUCGCCUUUCAUGUAAACAGAUGAUCUGGCUGGACGAACUACAAAAGCUGGGGGCUGAUGUAGAAGUGUGCCAUGUGGUUGCAGUUGGUGCUAAGAGCAAAGGUCUUGGCUGAAAGAUGACACACCGGGGACAUCUGGCCAUUCACUGGGACAAGAUCUUCAAGUGGAUAAAAAUGUCACUCUGGGGACAUCUGGCCAUCCACUGGGACAAGAUCUUCAAAUGGAUAAAAAUGUCACUCUGGGACAUCUGGCUAUCCCACUGGGACAAGAUUGUCAAUCAUAAAAGUUGUCACUCUGGGGACAUCUGGCCAUCCACUGGGACAAGAUUGUCAAUCAGAUAAAAGUUGUCACACUGGGGACAUCUGGCUAUCCACUGGGACAAGAUUGCCAAUCAGAUAAAAGUUGUCACUCUGGGGACAUCUGGCCAUCCACUGGGACAAGAUUGUCGAGAGGAUAAAGCUGUUUGCAUUGUCUCCCCUUUGACUUGUCCUGACACCUGAGAUCGGAAUGACUCAUCCUUGUACAGUUUCUCUGUGUCACCAAACUUGGUCUCUGCUGGAAAAUAUGGAAUCCACUGCGGGCGGGUGUGGACUGUUGAAAAUGCAGAAGUCUGCAUGAGCAUUGUAGAAGCUGAACACUUCAUGUUGUUAAGCUUUAAAAAAAAAAAAAAGCCAGAGGGAAAAUGAACAUGAUGUACUUAAUUGACACUGUAGGGGUUUUUUUGUUAAAAAAGAAAUACAAACAGUUCUCUACUAAAUGCACUGGCAAUGGCGAUCCCUGAAUUGGGGUUGUCUCAUAGUUAUGUAAGAAGGGCAAACUCGUAGGAAUUUUGAUUUCCCUAGGGGAAAGUAAAAACAACCAAAACCAAAUUCUUUAUUUAAAGGGAGAAAGAACUCAGAGUAUUUCAGGUGAAGUAUCACAAUACAUAUCAAGCUUCAAGCUUUUGGAUUAUAUGUGAUUAAAAAUGUAUGCCAAGAUAUUAGAAAACAGUGCCCUCCUGGGGUAUUCUAACUUUGUCAAAAGUUGGUCUGGAACCUCACUCUGCUCUCACAGUUGACUGUGAGAUGGUCUACUUUAUUAAAGAAAACGGAAAUAUCCCAUUCCUGAAAGUAAAAUCGGCUCUCUGCUGGUCACUGCUCCAGCACUGACAGUGAGACCUGUGCUCUGCUGGCCAAAUGCCUAGGAGCUGCUUACCAGGUCACUUCAUGUAUUCAUGAACCGACUGGCUACUGUUUAAAAGCCAGAAAGGGAAUAUAUGAUUGUUGUCUCCUUUGGUCAGAAAGAAGCUUUGGGGGAGGAGGAAAGUAUGGAAAUAACCGAUUACAAUAAAUACAUGGUAACAGGAAGGAGAGGACGGAGAGGUCUUUAUUUGGAGAAUGAAAAUGUUUCUGCUAGUCAAAGCACAUUAUGUAGCUGGGAAUGGUGACUCAAAUCUGUAAUCCUAGCAUUUGGGAGACUGAGGCAGGAGGAUUACCUUGAGUUUAAGAUCAGACCAGGCUACAAAGUGAAACUGUCUCAAAAGAAAAGAAAAGGAAGCUCAUUAUGAGUGCUCUUACACACUUUAUGUCCAGCAGGCCAAGCAGAUUAACAAACACACAGUGUGACCUCUUAGGGAAGCACAGGUGCUGGUUCUCAAGCCCAACCCUAGUGAAGCCUAAGACCCACACAGUAGGAGAGAACAGACUCCGAAAUUGACCUCUGUACUUUACCCAUGUGCCAUGGUCUACACAUGCUCAUAUACGCACAAUAAAUAAAAAUGUGUUUAAGACAUUAACAACA